CGAUUUUUGCGGUUCACAGAAGAGAGAGAAUAGUCAGUGAAUAGUAACGCAUUGGAAGGCGAUUUAUUCUUGCGAUAUUUUCUUACUUGAUUUUCUCUUCCCUCCACGCACCUAUCUACCUUUUCUGUGAGCGAGGUUCGUUAAUCGUUACCUUCCUUCCUUCCUUCCUUUCUACUUUCUCUGUAAAAUUUCUCUAUCAAUGUUAAUAAUGUAAUGUAGCAUGUUGUUGUUGUUGUUGUUGUGGUAUUUUGAGAAUGGAUGAUGAGGUUCAAGCUUUUACCAUUGCUGCUGCUCAGAACGAUGACGGUGCAAGCACAUCCAGAAUGAAAGGGGAGCAAAUCGCGAAAAACGAGGACUGUAACGGUAACGGUGGCGGUGAGGAAGUGAUUAGGUGGGAGAAGAUUCUGGCGCGGAGGGUGGUUAGGGUUUUGGUGGUUGAAGCUGAUAACUCUACCCGCCACAUCAUCACUGCUAUUCUUCGAAAAUGCAGUUAUUCAGUUAUUGCUGUUUCUGAUGGAUUAAAGGCAUGGGAAGUAUUGAAGAAGAAAGCAACAGACCUAGAUCUCAUCUUAACAGAAGUGGAUUUGCCCGCAAUAUCCGGAUUUGCACUCAUUACUUUAAUCAUGGAACAUGAUUUUUGUAAAAACAUUCCUGUCAUAAUGAUGUCUUCUCAAGAUUCGGUUAACAUGGUGUUGAAAUGCAUGCUAAAAGGUGCAGUCGAUUUUCUUAUAAAGCCUGUUCGGAGGAAUGAGCUUAAGAACUUAUGGCGGCAUGUAUGGAGAAGGCACGCUAUUGACAAGCCCCCUCAAAAUACGACAUUUCCAAUGGAAAAACUUAAGACUGUUUCGCAAGACAAUUCUACAAGCAAUCAGUCUAGUGCUUUUGUGGCUUCUUUGCAAGAAAAUAAUGGAUGUGGUGAAAAUUUGAGUGAAGCUCAUAGCACUUGCACUUCGUCAUUUUUGGAAGCUGAGAACGCAUGCAUGGAAAAACGGCAAGAUGCCUCUGAACUGAAAUUGAAUAAUGUUGAUGUCGUGCACCAUGAGGUGUCCAUCAACCAUGAAAGUAAAUCAAGUAAGCAUAAUGAUGAAAUAGUGGGACUUGUAUCAGAGUCUGCAAUCUGCAACAAAUCUCUUAAAUCGACAGAUUUAAUGAUAGAAAGAGACCAUUGUUUUGCUGAAAUCAAAAGCCAAGAUGAAGUUCUAAGAGCUGAAUCAAGCAGAGCCAAUCCUAAUAUUAAUGUAGGGAUUCAUGGUUGUACCGGUUCAGUGGUGGAGCCCUCUAGAGGAGCUACUGACUGGAUGAUUGACACAUUUGAGAAUAUCGAAAAACCUAUCAAUGAAAACUGUAGUUAUAGUGGUGAUAAUACAACCAAGUCUGUUUCAGAUACAAAAAUGGAACUUUUGUUAAGAAGUGAUCUUUCUGAUGGCUCAUGUAAACAAGCUAGUGAGAUAACUGAGGAAAGACAAAGAUUGAAACAUUCGGACACGUCUGCUUUUUCUAGGUAUAGCGGUCAUAAAUUGUUGCAGCCUUCUUUCCCGUUACCUUUGAUUACCUCUUCCAAAGUAACCAACAAUGAUCAAAAUUCUCAAGAAUCUCAUAAAUCAUCUGGAAAUACUCUAGAUACUUGUCAGUAUGGAAGCACAGGCAAAAAUGAAGAGAACAGGUCCACUCUGGUCAUUGGUCAGUAUGGACAAUUCGAACCAAAAUCAUCAAGCAAUGAAUGUGGACUCUUCCCUUUCAGCAAGGCUACUUCUGAUAUUAAGUCUAAGGAACAUUGUAACAUUUUAUCCUCUACCGGUCAGAGUUCGGGUAACAGUUUAUCUUCUGAUGCUGCAAAACAUAAAAGUAGUAUCGCCUAUGAAAGCGUAGGCAGUGGAAGUGAUGGAAAUGAUACUUCGAAUGUGGUACCCAAGAACAAUCCUGAAACUUUUAGCGAGUGUGUUCGCCAAAACUAUGAUGGAUUUGGAGGAACAAACUUUCAUCACUUUAGUCAAAGACAAGCGGCCCUAACAAAGUUUCGACUAAAGCGAAAACAGAGAUCCUAUGGGAAAAAGGUUCGAUACGAAACCAGGCAAAGAUUGGCCGAGCAGCGCCCUCGAGUGAAAGGGCAGUUUGUCCGUAAAGUACUAGAUGGUGAUCUGGUACCUGACUCUGGUGGCAAUUCGUAAUCCUUCUCAUUUCCUUAAACUUGCUUGCACUUAUAGUUGAUUCUAAUACUUAUUGUUUUAACCAUGUGAUUAGAUGUAGGAUUUAGUAGUGUCUCUGGUUGAAUUUAUUUUUCUUCAAUCAUCAGGCAACAAGUAGGGUGAUAGCUUUAAGCAUUCUUCUUGUUUUCAUCUGGCUUGUUAUUUUAACUAUCAUUGAACUUUGGAGUUCUGUUAUUUAUUCUUGUGUGUGUGUUGAUUGUGUC